AUGCAACCCAUUACAAAGACGGUUUUAAUUACGGGUAGUACGCGUAGUAUUGGUCUCGCUCUGGCUAAAUACUACGCAAACGCCAACUGGAACGUCAUUGGAACGGCUAGAGCCAACAGCAGUACAGAUCAGCUUAAGGCUCUCUCGCCUUCUAAGAUUGUGACGUUAGAUACGAGUGAUGAAGCCUCUAUUUUCGAGGCUGCGCAGCAACUGAAGGAUGUUCCAAUUGAUCUUCUUAUGAAUAAUGCAGGACUUUGGAUACACGGCGACUUCAUGUCAAGCUCAAAGGAAGAUAUGAUGCGACACUAUGAAGUGAAUACAGUUGGCCCAUUCCUUACGACUCGUGCACUCUUGCCGAACCUCAAACUUGCUGCUCAGACUAACGGCGCUGCCUAUGUCGCGCAAUUGAACACCACUUUGGGUAGCAUCAGCAACAAUACGCCGAAAAUGGAAGCAUUUUUUAGCAAAGCAUUUGGCUACACUGCAUCCAAGGCUGCGCUUAAUAUGGUCACUCGCUCAAUGGCUGUUAGUCUACGUAAAAGUAAUAUCGGACUCGUGACAAUCAAUCCUGGAUACGUUUCCACCGAUAUGACCAAUCACAAAGGUUACUUGAAACCUUCGGAAUCGGCAGAGGCCAUGGCGAAUAUUUUAGCAAAUUUGACAUUGAAGGACUCAGGUAAGUUUUUGAAUUCGGACAAGAAGAUUCGAGCUAUUGAACUGCCAUGGUAG